ACCAGCCUUCACUAUUUCUCUUGGUUUCAUUGCAAAUGGCUGCUCUAAAGCUUUUCCUUUUUUGUUUGGUAUCAAUCUUCAAUCAAAAGACCUCAGUUUCUGCUUCCCAGAGUGAUCAAGUUUUGUGGGCUUUUCCAAAAUCUGACAGAGAAGCAGACAUUCUACGGAAUCUGACCACUGCUUUUGAGAUUGUGCUUUGGCAACCUGCUUCCUCCGAAAACAUUGUAAGGAAUAAGGAGGUACAUUUUUAUGUCAAUGUUUCCGAUGUAGAUAACGUGAAAGCGGAGCUUAACCGAUCUGCCAUUUUAUUCAGAGUUUCUUUGGAAGAUGUUCAGAAAAUUAUUGAUCUACAAACUGUCAAUGACACUGUUACCCCUCGUGGUUCUACUUCAUUCUAUGAACAAUAUCACUCUCUAAAAGUGAUAUAUACAUGGAUGGAUGAAGUAGUUGCAAGACAUCCUGAUGUCAUCCAAAAGAUACAUAUUGGGCAGUCUUUUGAUAAACGUCCACUUUAUGUUUUGAAGCUUUUGGCUAGAAGCAGAACUCCCAAAAAUGCCAUGUGGAUCGAUUGUGGAAUCCAUGCAAGGGAAUGGAUUUCGCCAGCUUGUUGUCUCUGGUUUACAGGACACGUUGCACAAUUUCUAAACAGGGAUGCAACAAUGGCAAGACUCCUACAGAACCUUGAUUUCUAUGUCAUGCCAGUAAUGAAUGUGGAUGGUUAUGACUAUACAUGGACUACUAAUCGAAUGUGGAGAAAAAGCCGGUCAAAGCAUGGCAACAACAAGUGCACUGGGACAGAUAUGAAUCGCAAUUUUGAUGCAGGCUGGUGUGGAAAAGGUGCAUCCAGAAAUGACUGUGAAGAGACUUACUGUGGACCUUACCCUGAGUCUGAACCAGAAGUAAAAGCUGUGGCUAAUUUUCUCAGAAAGCACAAGGAUCGUAUUAAAGCAUAUCUAACAAUGCACUCUUACUCCCAGAUGGUCCUGUUUCCAUAUUCAUAUACUAAAAAUAUAUCUAAAGAUCAUGAUGAACUGCAACUGGUGGCAAACCAAGUGACUGGUGCUAUUAGAAAGACAUACCACAAUCGCUAUGUGGCAGGCCCUGGUGCAAAGACGAUCUAUUUAGCCCCAGGCGGUUCGGAUGACUGGGCUUACGACCAAGGAAUUAAGUAUUCUUUUACUUUUGAGCUUCGGGACACAGGAAGAUAUGGAUUCUUACUUCCUCAGCAUCUCAUUAAGCCGACCUGCUACGAAGCGAUUACCGGGAUCAAAACUAUAGCUUCGCAUGUGAUUAAUAAUAUGUAAAACAUACAAUCCCAUUUUGGCAUUAUACGUUACAGCAUUUCACCGAGUCCACUUAAUUCACAUUGUUUUGCUAUUUUAAUUUCAAGUAAGACUUAUUUUCCAUGCUUUUUUUCUAUGAUUAAUAGUGUGGGUAAUGAGCCUGUUCAAACCUGAUUCUGAAGAAUGGCUUUCCAGCUCACAUGAACACAGAAUUGCUCAACUGCUGUUAAAAGCAGCUGCAACUUUCCUCCCCCCUCCAUAUAAACCUGAAGAAGGGUGCUACUGCUUUAAAAGGUCAAUUGGAACUCUUAAGGGUUAGGGUUAGGGUUGGAAGACUAAAAAAAAAUUGUGGCUGCUUUAAUGAGUAGCAAAAUAGUGCUAUCCUUAUGCAAGGUUCAAAACCUUUCUUUUAGAUCAUUUCUGAAAUAUGGCUCUGUUAGAAAUAAUUGAUUUCCAUGUAUUGUCUGUAAGUACAUUCAGAGGCAAAUGGCCAGAUUUUAGGCGUUUUUCUAGAAAGAAAGAAAGAAAGAAAGAAAGAAAGAAAGAAAGAAAGAAAGAAAGAAAGAAAGA